AGCGCUUAGCGGUCAAGGAAAAAUGCCAAGAUGGCAACGCAAACGAUUUCGUUCAAUAUUAGGACAGCUUUUAUUGUUCAUUAACUAAAAUUUAAACAUAAUAUUCGAAAAAAUUAUUAAAAAUAAAAAAAUAUAGAUUCUUUGCUAAAAUUAUUAGACACUGUUUGUCUUAAGUGGGGGGAAAUCUAUAAAAGAAACGCAUAUAAACUAACAUAUCGAAACUUGGGACAAUUAUUUUCCGACAGCUCAUUUUUUUAAUAAUCGUUGCUUGCAUUUAGCGUUAUAUGAUUUAUUAUUAAAUAUAAUGGAUCCUCGAAUACAUAGAAGAACAGAGCCGGAAAAAGGACCGGGCGAUUUGAUAGUUGAAUGGUUAAAUGAGGCUUCACUAAACCCAGGAGAAGAUAUAAAAGUUGCAAAUUUAUGUAAAGUUCAGGAAAUAUUAAUAAACAAGGAGCCACAAUUACUUCCAUUAUAUUUGGAUGAAGCAUUACAGUUUUCCUUAGAUAGGAAUGCAGAAGUUAGGAAAACAAUUACAGGUUUCAUAGAAGAGGCUGGUGUAAAACAACCUGAGAUAAUUCCACGUGUAGUUCAGGUACUUUUAAGACUAGUUUCUGAUGAAUCAUCGGCUGUUGCUAAAAGAGCUCUUAGAGCUAGUGGCAGAAUAUUAAGAGCUGCAUUGAAAUGGAUAUCCAGCGCCAUUACAGUUACGCCAGAAAUGGAAGUUGCAUGGAAUCAACUUAGUGCUCUCAAAAUUCAAAUUAUAAAUAUGAUUGACAGUGACAAUGAUGGGAUUAGAACACAAGCUGUGAAAUUUCUUGAAGGUGUUGUUUUGAUACAAACAUACCCUGACCCAGAUAUACCAAAAAAGUCGGAUGAUUUUUCUUUAGAAGAUAUUCCAUUAACAUUAAAAAUAGCACGCAGACGCAAAUUAGAGGAAGAAGCUAAUGAUGUAAUGGACUUAUUAAUCAAAUUUCAUGGGUCUCCACACGUUAGUAGCGUUAAUUUGAUGACAUGCAUGGGAUCUUUAGCAUUGAUCGCUAAAACAAGACCUCAGUUUAUGCCUGGUGUAAUACAAGCUUUGCAAAGGUUACAACAUGAUUUACCACCCACGUUAUCUGAUUCUCAAGUAACUAGUGUUCAAAAACAAUUAAAAUUAACUCUAUUAGGACUGAUGAAGCAUCCAGCUAGCAUAGAAUUUGCAUCCACAAUAGCUAAACAACUGACCCAAUUGGGAGCAAAAGAACAAGAAAUUCUUAAAGCUUAUCCAAAACCAGAAGAUAUUCGACGUAUGAAGAAACGACAACAAGAAGCAGCAGCGUCUUCCGCUGCAAAGCGUGUUAAAAUCGAAACUUCUUUAAUACCAGAUGAAUCAGAAAUUGUGGCUAGUUUAGUACCCAGCUCAAAAGUACCAGAAUUGGUUGAACUUUCAGAAAGUUUUAUUGCUGAAAGAUUAAGUGUAGACAUUGUUACAGAUUUAGUAAUGGAUAGCAUGGCGUGGGUCCCAGACACAAUGACAACGAUUUUUCAAAGAGAAUAUCAGCCUUCUUCAACGACCGAUAUAAAUAUUCAACGACAAACGAUUGCUAAAUUACUAGCGGCACAAAUAAGACAAGCUAAAACAAAGAAAAAAAAGGAUGCAAAGGAUGAAGAUGCUGUGAUGGAAGAUUUAGUGAAAAAUCCAACCAUCAGCGUAGCGGAAGCAAAACGAGAGCGGAAACGUGAAAAAGAUAGGGAAAAAGAAAAAGAAGCAAAGGCAUCUCUGGAAGCACAUGAAAAAUCGCUUGCGAAGGCAAGAACUCGUUUAAAAGCCUUGAAAUUAUCCGAAGUUACAAAACCAUUAUCAAAAGAAAUUAAAGAAAGAAUGUUACUGAUGGCUGUGAAUCGAAUUUUACUUUCUGAGAAGACAGCUGUAUUUGGCGGCGUAGCAGCCAUAAGAUCAAAAAUUUUAACUACUCUAGCGGCAACAUUUAAUCCAUACAUUAAAGAAGCAGUAUUACGUUAUAUUACUGACGAUAUGAGAAAUCGUUUAGACUUAGCUUUAGGUUGGUUGUAUGAAGAAUAUGCAUUACUUCAGGGUUUCCAAAGACGAACUACAUUAUGUACAAAGCCCCAAGAAGCUCCGCAUCAGGCUUACAAUUUUUUAUUAUGUACUUUAGUAUCUGCAAUAGAUUUAGUUCAAGGCAAAGAUCGUGACACAUUACUAUAUAGGCUAUACUUGGAAGCUCCAUUAAUCACCGAAGAUGCAGUUGAGGCUUUGAAAAUGGUGUCUUCUGAUGAAACAAGAGGACUGAUGCCGUUACAAUUAUUAAAAGAAAUGGUUAUUCGUAGACCAACAAAACAAUUAGUUUUCCUAAACGUAUUGUUAUGUCAUACUGGCCAUGAAAACAAUACGAUAAGGGAAGCCGCUAUACAGCUAGUUUGUCAACUAUAUAGUCGUCCUGAAUUAAGUAAACUCAUAGAGGAGUAUGCAGUUCUCUAUUUAGGUUUCUUACGACUACAUACACCACCUGAGAUCGUCUUUGGACAAGAUCGAGGUAGACCGCAAGUAGAAACUCAGUGGACUGAGUCAACUACAAGAGCUUGUCUUGGAUUAUAUCUUGCUCUGUUAAGUGAACAUCAAGAUUUAAUUCAUGAAUUGGCUAGAGUUUAUACAUCGAUGGGUGCAGACGUAAAACGUAUCGUUCUUCGAUUAGUAGAAGGGCCUGUAAGAUCUUUAGGAAUGGGGAGUCCACAAUUGUUGUCAUUAGUUGAAAAUUGCCCUAAAGGCGCUGAAACACUAGUUACAAGAAUUAUUCAUAUCCUUACAGAAAAAUCUGCACCGAGUGUAGAAUUAGUAGCAAGAGUACGUGAACUUUAUCAGACCAGGGUUUCAGAUGUUCGAUUCUUAAUACCAGUUUUAAAUGGUUUAACGAAGAAAGAAGUUAUAGCUGCUCUUCCAAAACUCAUAAAAUUAAAUCCUAUUGUUGUUAAAGAGGUAUUCAAUAGACUGCUAGGCACUCAUAAUAACGAAAGUGGCGUACCUCAUACAUCUCCUAUCACGCCUGCUGAAUUAUUAAUAGCUUUGCAUAAUAUAGAUCCAAGCAAAGCAGAAUUGAAAACAGUUAUAAAAGCUACGUCCCUAUGUUUUGCGGAAAAACAAAUAUAUACACAAGAAACUGUAGCUGUUGUAAUGCAACAUCUUAUGGAGAUGACCCCUCUUCCUACAUUACUCAUGCGUACAGUGAUACAAAGUUUAGCAUUAUAUCCUAGGUUAAGUGGAUUCGUUAUGAAUAUACUUCAACGAUUAAUUCUCAAACAAGUUUGGAAACAGCCAAAAGUAUGGGAGGGUUUUGUAAAAUGUUGUGAACGUACGCAACCACAAAGUUUUGCGGUUAUUUUACAACUUCCUCCAGCACAAUUGGCCGAAGCGUUAAAAAUGGCGAGUAAUUUACGUGCACCAUUAUUAGCGCAUGUCGAAGCCUUUGCCGAAAAUCAGAAAGCGCACAUUCCGCAAUCAAUAAUGGAUGUUAUUCAGGGUAAAUCACCUUGCGACAUACAUGAUGAAUUUGAUAUUGCACCACCCGGUGAUUAUCCGAUCGAACAAAAACCAGAUACUAUGGAAACUGAUAUUUCAGAACCAGCUCCGCCUGGUUUAGAUUAGCAUAAACUCAUUCCAGUGUUGGGAUUUGAAUCAUCAUCAACAGAUUGUCCCAACUUUAAUGAAUUUACUUUGUAAAUUAUAAAUUAUUUUUUUAUGUCCAGUCAUAUCUGAAAUAUCCAGUAAUUUGAAACGUUAGAUUCAUGUACUUAUCAAAUCAAACAUGAAAUGUAAAUACUUCUUUCUCAAAAUUCAUUGAAAAUUCAAUUACUUUUAUAGGUAUGACAAACUCGUAUUUAGUUCUAUCUUGUAAAUAGAACUUUACAUAUAACUGUAUAUAUGCAUUAUCUUCAAUACAUAGUAUAUUUUUGUUUAGACUAUGAUAAAUGUAUUUCCGAUUCUACAAAACAGACUGAGUGAAUUUUUCGUUACUUUCGCUUUCGUGAAAAGUCAAACAAUGUUACUAUUAAUAGUUGCGGAUUUGUAUUUAUUUAUUAACACCUGGGUGUCUUUCUCUCUUUUUUUUUUAUUUUUUUUUUUUUUUUUUACAAAAUAUGCA